GCUCCUGCCCGAGUGACCAAACGGCAGAGUUUACUCCGGUUUUCGCGUUCCUCGAGAACAUCGUCGCGGCGCUAGACACUCCCGAUUUUAUAUAGUUAUCGUAACGAACUUCGCGUCAUUCGAAUCAGAAUUGUCACGGUAUAUAUUUAUAAACAAACAAGUAAAACAAUCGUUGAAUAUCAUCCCCUCAUCUCGUUCCACAACGAUUUAAAUUCAAAAUUAAUCCCGCGCGUUGCAUUUAAAGAGAAAAUAAUCUUAUAAUAAUCAAGUAUUUAAUCAUCGAUCGAUCGAUUUUUUGACGAUCGUUACUUUGCCUUUUUUUUUUUUUUUUAACUACGUUGUUGACACUAAUUGGGAUUUUCAAUCAACAAGUUUGAGUGAUGGCGCAGCUGAUCAGCGUCAAGUUGUCAAGGUUUGAUAAUUCACCUUGGGGCUUUCGUCUUCAGGGUGGAAAGGAUUUUGGAACACCUCUCGUAGUGCAGAAGGUGAACGGGGGUUCUCCUGCUGAGGCAGCUGGUCUCCGAGCUGGCGAUGCGGUUAUCAAGGUGAACAACACGGACACGUUCAACCUGAGGCACAAGGACGCGCAAGAUGUCAUCGUGAGGGCGGGAAACAACUUCGAAGUAACCAUCCAGAGGGGAGGCAGCACGUGGAAACCCAGCGUUACGCCCGUCACAGCGAAUAUUCCAACUCCGAAACCGAACAGCCCCGCUUCGAAUAUUUCGCCUGUGACAAAGACAUCCCUUGCGGCGAAAAAACAAGAUAGUCCUCUGAUCGGCAGUGGACAUAAUUUCAGUCCGAAACCCUUCUUGAACGGCAAUGGCGAGGCUCCGAUCAAAUCAAUCGUUAACAAGCAGUACAAUAGCCCUGUGGGAAUCUACAGCGAAGAAACCAUCGCCGAAACUUUAUCUGCUCAGGCCGAGGUCCUUGCCGGCGGAGUAUUGGGGGUUAAUUUCAAGAAGAACGAGAAAAACUACAACGCAGAGAACAGCGAGGUCUUCAAGAUGGUCCAGGAGGCGGACAAAGAGCCGAGGACACCGGAACCCGCUGAACCCACGAUACAAAGCGGUGCGGUUACCCCGACGAAUCCUGCCCUUGCCGGUCUUACCGGUCUCAGGCACGUAUCAGCACCGGAGACCAAGCCACAGCCAACGACUCCACAAACGAGCCUGCCACCCGGACAGAAUAUCUGCGCGGACUGCGAGAGGCUCAUCGUUUGCUUUUCAGUUUCAUCCCGGACGGAAUUUUAUUCGUCGGUCAGUCACGCUGUGGGGGGUCGCGCCACCUCACCCAGGUCGCCGACACCCCUGGGCCGGGCUAUGGGCCUGACGGUCAGUCCGGUUCAUGAAAAUUUGAAUUUUCAUCAAUGCUCCUCGCCGUUGGGACAAAACCAACGUAAUCAUCUUCAUCGGGACGAAGGGAUGAAACCCUCGCCAGACACCCCCGUUUGCCACAACUGCGAUAAAUCCAUUGUGGGAGUCUUCGUCAGGAUAAAGGAGAAGAAUUUACACGUUGAAUGCUUCAAAUGCUCGACCUGCGGAACCUCGUUGAAGAACGUCGGUUACUACAACAUCAACAACAAGCUGUACUGCGACAUCCACGCGAAACUCGUCGCAAGACAAAAUCCACCAGCCGCGGGUUUGGUACCCGUCACCAUCCCUCCAGGAAGCAAGGCACCCGCUGGUACCAUUUCCGCAGCUCUGGCUAACGUCGGAGGUGGCAUACCCCCCUUGGCACCUCUGUCGCCAUCUCUAAACAACCAUUCAUCACCUCAACCUUUCACAUGCAAUCGGACGAACAUCGCCAACGUUCAGGAGGGCGUUCAACGACUUCGUCUGCAGAAAAAUGGCACUUCUGGAUUCGCGUCGACCACCCCCGACCCUCGUGCUUACGAAAAUCAGAGCCAACAGUAUUCGACUUUGAAUGGAAACGUCGAAAAUGCAAAGACCUUUACCAGUACUCUCAUCAUUCAGACGGGGAACGAGGUUGGCAGCAUCAACAACGACGAGAAAUUUUCUUGCAUUAACACAGUUAACAGGGAUAUUUUGUAUCCCGAAAAAAAUACCGAGAAUGAAAAUUUGCCUGAAUUUGAACUAAUCACGUCGAAAUGCUCGGAGGAACCGACUACCGACCUCCUAGCCGUAUCUGAACAACCUUUUCCUGCUCGAAAACAGGCACCGUCAACCAACAGCAUCGGAGGUCCGAAGCCCUUCGGAGGCGCUCCGACCGCGCCUAGUCUGGUCUCUACGCCAUCCUUGAACUCUGGUAGCAACACUCUGCCCCGUCCGUUGAGUCAAAGCGCCACUGACUCAUACACCGAGGAAUUUGACUACUGCGAAGAAAGAGAAACUUAUAUCGAUAAUCCUCCGUCACCGCCUCCGCCACCUUCGGUAAAAAGUAAGAGCCUUAUCUGGCCCCCGGAGAAACCUAUCGAAGAAAUUACAUACCCGACAGCGAGCCCUUUGUACAUUAAUCCUAACCCAGCCCUAAAUCAAAGGCAGGAAAGCGAGAGACGUCAGAGGCAACUGAUCGCACAACAACGCGAAAGGGAAGAACUCGAAAGACAAAGAGAACUGAGUGAGGAGCAGACGGGAAUGGAAUAUAAUGCGAGUUGCUCCGGCCCAUCGUAUAGGAAGAUACAGCUCUACGAACUAACGCCUCAGAGAGAAUCAAGGUCAAGGGAAGUGACCUGCUCAAGAUCAUGCUCGAGAGCGGAAUCGAGAGAGAGUUUGCGUAGAUCUUUAACGCCCACGAGAAUAAAUCAACCGAUUCCUCAACCUUGGACAGCUACGGUUACUACGGGAACGAAUUUAUAUCACCAGCCUUGCCCACUGGUAGAACCCUCCGUCUCUGAAAUCGUAUGCGAACAACGAGAAAUAUGCGAACAUACCGAAGUCUGUCAGACUCAGCAAACUUGUGAACGAAGACAGGUAUCGAUUGUGCAUCAUCACCCACCCCGCCCUGCCUACCCUCCGAUUUGUAAGCCCGUGUAUCGCUCGGUCUGCCCUCCGAAACCUAAUCAGGAAGCGUGUCCGUUGAAAGCACCGGUUCCUGAACCGGUACCGGAACCGGAACCAGAACCGGAGCCGGAACCAGAGCCCAAGGUGGAAACGGAGGUGUCGUUUACGUUCCGGAGACCGAGUAGACCCAACAGUGCCGCUUCAACUGAAACUAUAAAUAUACCAAGUGUAACUGUUUAUAAGGACGAGAUUGACGAACAACGCGAAUACUCUACCGAGACAAUGGAAAGGGAUAUUGGACCGUUGCACGUCAAGAAGACAACGAUUUACGAGAAAACGGUGGAAGUCCUCGACGCCGAGGACGGGGGACGUAUGGAGGUGACGGAAACGGCUGAAGAAGUUUCCGAAAACGAAGGUGGAACUGAAAUAGAAAGCACGAUACAAACUCGGGGAUCCGCAAAACUGGAUAAAGAAGUUGAAACUAUUUCGGACAGAAAAGAAAUAGCAGAAUGUGCCGAAAUUAUAACAGCAGCUGUAGAUACCCAGCAACUCGUAGAACAAAUUACGGAAGAAGUAACACAGAGCAAAGUUGAAGAGCGGACGAGUGCCGUUGAGAAGAUAUCAGCAGCCGUUGAGCAAGCCACGGAAUCCACGCCAAGUAAUCGACCGAGACGUUACAGCUUCAGCGAGCACGAAAAACUUGACUGCGGCGGGUACCGCGAGACUCACCAAACGGUCGAAGAAAGUGAAUUGGACCGAUACGAAGAGUUGACGGAAGAAAUCAGGCUCGACGACGGCUGCAGGCAACAGGAAAUUGAAAACGAAAGACUCAAAAGCUUACGUGAGCAGGUCCAGGUCCACCAGUGUCUGAGGGAACAGCAAAUUCCAGAGCGAAGACCACCGCCGCAAAGUCUCCAGGAACGUCGACUCAGCGCGAAGUACAGUCAGCAGGAUUUCACCUGUACUCAACGACAGCAAGUGCAGACCGAGGUAUCCUGCACAAAAAAACAUGUACAAUUCGCAACGGAAAGCGAAUGCGGUAUCCAGCAACUUCCGCCUACGACUGUAAAAAAUUCAACUCCAAAAGAAUGGAAGUCGGAUAUGGUCAAGGCUCUGACCACUGCUCCGGAUCGCACCUACUCACCACUCGGCACCAUGACCACCAUCGACGCCGAGGAAACCGUCGAAGAACGUCGCACGGAACAAGAACGGAGCUGCGAAGAAAUAAACGAUACUCGUACCGUGACCGUCUGCUCAACCCAAGAAUCGUCCACUUCAUCCUUCCAGAAUGCCCUGACCACCGCUCCCGAUCGUCCUUACACUCCGCUGGGAUUUUACGAUCAGCCAGGACAGUACCGGUCGGAAGCGAAUGCCUGCUCUUGUUCCGGACUUCGAUCCGAUCCCGAGCCCGACGGAUACUGUGCACCCGCGGAAAUUCUCUACACCGACGGCUGUACGCAAGAAACGACGAGGUGCGACACGAGUCGCUGCAAUAAAAAAUCGGUUACUCCCCAGCCUCUUCCAACUCCCCCGCCGGAUUACCAUCUGAGAGAUUCGCAUCUGCCACGAUCCAGAUCGGAAACACCGAGUCGGGCGCUUACCAUGGGGUUGAAAAAGCCCGGCACGAUUCCGGCGUACCAGAGAAAUUUGCUCAAUCCGGUGAAAAAGAUCACCAGCGACGGACAGGGAGGCUACGAAUCCAGUCGGACUCCGACUCCGACUCCCGGAAGAUCAAAGUCUCCCGCCGAAGGUUCUACACCAGAACCUCCGGCCGGGUACAUCAAGGCUCAGGCUCCGAAGAUCAGGGAAGAUCCUCCGCCCAAAGUAAAACCGAGCCCAGGCGGUCGCCCUGAUAAAAAACCCCAGGAAGAAGGAGAGUCGUACACUUACCACGAGGAGAAAAAUACGCCCCAGGGCCGGUUGAUAAAAGACGUCGAGGGAUCGAUGCGGGUAGCUUACGCCGGUGACGAGGAAUCGUUCGUCGCCAGCGAGAAAGAGAUAAUCGAAACAUUGAGAUGCCCCAAGAAAAUACCUCCCCCCGAACCCGCGAAAAUCUGCGUACCGGUAGAAGCGGAACGUUGCGAAGUUCAGGUGAAAUCGGAGUGUCAGAAGAAAUCGGUAUGCAUAACAGGCAGAGUAAGUCAAACGGCGGCAAAACUUACGUGUUCGAUGAGCAACGUGUCGGACAGAUUCCCUAGAACCGGGGUCUGCGUUCUGCCGCCCUGUCCGAAAGCAAUCGUCACGGGAGGGACCCAAACGACGAAGAAAAGCAGUGCCUUCUGCGGUACCCAGUCGCAGAGCUGUCAAAAAACGAUAACACAAUCUCAACGAAGUGCGUUCUGCGGUACGCAAGCGAACACCUCGUCAAAACCUGGACUGACGGUUUUACCCUGUAAAGCUCCGGCGGAGUUAGGAUCCAAGGCUGGAGUCGUGGUGAUUCCAUCCGAAGAAUCUCGCAGCUGUUCCCAGCCCGGAGUAUACGUGGCACCGACGUCCGAUCGAAAGGGCGUUUGCGUUUCUCCUUGCGUUGGAAUGAUCCCAGCGACUUGCGGCCAACCCUCGGGUACCUGCGGGAGGCGUUCGGGUCCUGGAAUAUUCGAAAUCAGUGCGAAACCGUCGGGCGUAUGCGUGGCGCAGUGCGAAGACGGUUCGAUUUGCGUAGCUCCCUGUCGAAAGCCAAUUCUGAAGAGUCAAUGUCCUUACGGACGCUCUCCGUCGGCCGAACUACCCUACCCCCAGAUACCCCUUCCUUACGACGACGACAACCAGCCCGCGUGUCCUCUCGCUAAAUCUCCCGCCUCGGAAACGAACGACUUGGGAUUUCAACCGAUACACAAGCCUCGCACUAACCUUGGAAGCCAGCUUACGCAGUUAGUUAAUAAAACGAACAACAAGCCUGCGGUCCAAGUGUUGAAACCUCAGGCCCAGUGCUCGUCUCAAAAUUUAUGUCAGACCCAGACCCCCCAAUGCCCAAUGUUAGCCCCGAAUAGUAAGACCCAGAAUUUAGUAGACCCACCGAAUUUGUCAUCCCACCCGGAUCUAGGUACCGGCGUCGGAGGCCUCGGUGGUGGUUCGAAGAGCGGUUCCGUAGCUGGUAACACCGCACCGAAACGUGGCCGAGGAAUUUUGACCCAGCAAGGCGGACCUGGUUCCCGCGUCCCUCUUUGCGGUCACUGCAACUCCUACGUCAGGGGCCCGUUCAUCACGGCACUCGGUAACAUCUGGUGCCCCGAUCAUUUCGUUUGCACAAACGGACAGUGUCGUCGACCCCUGCAGGAUAUCGGAUUUGUAGAAGAAAAAGGACAACUCUACUGCGAGUACUGCUUCGAACAGUUCAUCGCUCCCCCCUGCAGCAAGUGCAACAAUAAAAUCAAAGGAGAAUGUCUGAAUGCUAUUGGAAAACAUUUUCACCCCGAAUGCUUCAACUGUUCGUACUGCGGAAAACUGUUCGGAAACAACCCGUUCUUCUUGGAAGAUGGAUUGCCCUACUGUGAGGCUGAUUGGAACGAAUUAUUCACAACAAAAUGCUUCUCAUGCGGAUUCCCCGUGGAAGCCGGCGACAGAUGGGUCGAGGCUUUGAGCAACAACUAUCACAGCCAGUGCUUCAACUGCACGAUGUGUAAAAAGAAUCUCGAAGGUCAGAGUUUCUACGCUAAGGGAGGUCGUCCGUUCUGCAAAAAUCAUGCGCGCUAAUUCUGAGAUGAGGAUAUUAACUACAAAUGUAUAUGACCUCAGACACCAAAAACUAAAAUUUAUACCACAUGAAAGAAAAUAUAAUAUCCACACAUAAUUUGCUAGGUCAAAAAUUUAGAGAAAGAAAGAAAAACAUUAUCGAAAUCACAUCGCCCAUCGUCAAGAUACGCGCGGUAUGAGGAUAAUAUCUUCGUAUUUUGCGCGUUUAUCGUUAUUAUUAUCGUUUUAAUCGAUAACAAAAGAGACACCCUUCAAUUUAUCAUCAACCACUUUUGGUCCCCGCGGCCAUGCAGUAAUAGUCACAGUUUAAAAUUGCCUAUUGUACGAUAAUCAGUGAUUAUAUAUUAUAAAUAUAUAUAAAACCGAAAAGUAUUUCCGUGCGCAAAUGUCAUUUAUAAAAUUAAAUUCACAGACUCGUUAUCAAAGUGGAUGGAAGUUUAAAUACCGCUUUUUACGUGUGUAUAUCUAACACAUACAUACCUAUAUCCAUAGCAAUUCAUAAGCAUGAGAAGCAAUCAACUCGGCUUAGGACAUGCAAAGGUCAUACUACCAAUUAGAAAUUAAACAAAUUGCAUAUUUAAUUGCAUAUUUCAAUAGACUUACGUAAGAAUGCAGUCACGAAAAUAUCGCGGAGAUGAUUAAAAGCCGAAAAGAUUGAGAAACGUCGAAUCGAGAAAAGGAAGAAGAAAUUUGAACAAAAAAUUGAGAAAAAAAAAAAAUCAACCAACGCUGCAGGACGAAUCCACCGUGAUCCAUUUUCGCCGCGACCUUCGCGUAUUGUAAGCUGUAUAUUAUUAUAGAAUAUCAAGAAAUCCAGGUAGCCUACUGAACGAUGUAAUUAAUUUAUUCAAACCAUUAUUAGGUAUCGAACCGAAUUUAAAUUAUUGAACAAUAUAUAAACCCGAAGUGCAUGUUGUCCGACAAUAAUCAUCGACAGUAUAUCUUAUAUAUGUACAUAUAAAUAUAUAUUAUGUACUUAUAUGCAGAUCACAACGUAUCGGAAAAUUGACUCAUGUAUAUCGAUACGAUAUAUUUUGGUGAGUUUUCGCGUAUAUAUUAUUAAUGUUAUAGCUUUAUUAAUGAAAAAAAAAUGAAGAAAACGAUGAAAUAUUACAAAAAAAAAAAUAAUCAAUAAUCGAAUAAAUACUAAAAAAAAAAAAUGAGAAAAUGAAUGUAUUAAUAAUCAACAAAAAAAAAAAAGAAACUGACCAACACGGCGUUACGUCUCGCGGAUUUAUUAUAAAUAAUACACGGAAAAUUUUUCUAUCCGAACGCGCUUUGGAUUAUAACGAACGACGUGGUGAUCACGAAUAAAUUUGUCUAUUUAAGAGUUAUCAUUUACUGUAUAGGGGUGAACAUUAUAUAACAAUUUACAUACAUGUAUACAUGUAUUUAAAUAGUUAUAUGUAUAUUUGUGUACAUGCUCAACCAGUCAAAGCAAUAUAGUAUGCAGUAUAAUAUUAAUAUUAGGCCACAGGUUACCGUUUUUUGUGCCAUUUAAAAAGAAAAUAAAUGCUAAAUAAAUGAAUAAAUGAAACUUGUGUCAUAAUAGUCAUAUGAAAAAUAACUGGCACCGAUUUAAUAUACUUGUUAUAAUAUCUGUGUAAGAAUUUAUGAAUCGCAAGCAUAAUUUUUAAGUUGCAAUAAAUUUCUAAGAUUUAAUCGAAAACCAUCAGAAACUGAAUCAGGGUAAAUUAUUAUUUAAUUAAAUUCACUUUCGAUUAUUACAGAUAAUUUUUAUUUAAAUAACACGUUGUUACUCUGAAAGAGCAGACGGUUGUUGUAUGGAAAAAAAAAUGAUAUAUGUAUUAUAUAUUCAACGAGACGCCGCUGAUAUUAUUUUAUAUAAAAUUAUUACCUUUAAAAUAGGUACUUUAUAUACAUAUUUGCUCGAAUGUUUUCACUCUACGAUCUACAUCUCAACAGCUGUGUAUUAUAUUGAAGAAAAAAAAAAAAUAGGAAAAGGAAGAUACAGGAAAAAACCGUUAAAUCGAUUUAUGCUAAAGUAUGAGUCCCUGAAAGGUCUUAUGUAUUCCCUUACGUGUUGCUUACAAUAAAAUAAAUAGUCGUAUUUAAUUCAA